UGGUCGUUAUGUGUUCCGAGCUGUGUGUGUCAAAAAGAAAGAAAGAGAAAAACGAGGAUGAAAAAGUGUUGUUUUCAGCAACACUCCUUGCUGGCUUGAUAAACUAGCUAGCAUAGUUAGCAGCUAGUUAUGGUGAAGGAGUUACUAACAGUAUUAUGGCAACCGGUGCAUCAUGGAGCUCCCGAACUACAGCCGGCAGCUCAUGCAACAGCUGCAGACUUUGCGAAAAGAGUCCCAGUUCUGUGACUGCACUAUCCUGGUGGGGGACGCGACCCAUCCGGCACAUAAAGUGGUCCUGGCUGCCUCCAGCCUGCUCUUUAAGUUUCUCCUCGAGACUUCGGACAGCAUCUCCAUCGAUACGGCAGUGGUCACGCCGCAGGAGUUCUCCUCUCUGCUGGACAUGGCCUACUUGGGCAGACUGGUGCCUGGCAAACACGACUUCACGCGUGUCGUCGCUGCUGCAGACAGCCUGCAGAUGUUCGACGUGGCAGUCGGCUGCAAGAACGUCCUGGACGAGCUCGUGAAACAGUCCGAAGACGCUCAGGGUUUAAAAGAUCACACGGACAUUCCUUCGCAUGAACUGCAAGAACCAAGACGACUUGAUGCUUCUGGACGAGAGUUUGCGUCACAAAAGGAAGAUGGUGCGGUGGAGCUGCUUUCUCAGAAACAUGACGAUCUCGUAAGGACCCUGCAGGACAUCCAGCCGUGGAUCAACGUCCUUCGGACCUGGGACGCACUAUCACGCCAGCACCAACGCAUGUUGCUGGAGUGUUUCGAAGGAGAUCCAGGUGUGGACGUGGUUUUCCAGCGCCUCUUGGACCUGGUGAAGGAUGGGCGUGAGGUCUCAGCCCGAGCCGUCGUUUCGCUGCUGGACCAGAUUAAGAGCCUAAAGCCUGAUCCGGAGUCUGUGGAGGAGAGGGAGGAGACGGGACCGGACCUCAAAGGCGGAUCCGCAGCCGAGGUUGCCAGAUCUCCCGGAUAUCAGCACGACGUCUCUUCAGACCUGACUGACUACCUCGCGGGUGUGGAGAACGUUUCUGAACUGCUCGCUCGGACAGCGGAGAGAUGCACGAGCGAAGCCGUAAAGCAGGUUCUGCUGGAGUGCAGUGGAGAGCAGAAUCACGGGCAGGUGCUGAGGAAGCUGCUAAGCACGCUCGCUGAGAGAGGAAUAGAGGAAACAUCCGUACUGCUGCUGCUGAAGGAGGUGGAGGACAGCAGCACGGAUAGUGCAGAUAAGAGGACGGAUGACCGCAUUGGCCUGCCGCUUUUGAGAACUUUCCAGAACAGGCUGUGUGUGCUGAACCUGGAGGCUCAGAUCAUCAGGCGGAGUUUGGACGAAUUGCCUAGCGUCUCGUCCGAUCAGAGAGAGGUCCUGCAGAAAGAGGCUGACGGUAAUGUGGAGAAGCUGCUCAGAGCUGCUCUGGAUGGAGGUUUGGUUCAGCCUCUGACGGUAUGGAGGCUCCUGUUCUGGGCCGCGACUCACGACCCGGAGCUCCGACUCGUCAUGCAGGAAAUCAGGACAAAUCCAGAAGCUCAGGACCUCAUACACACUGUUGCCCUAGUGGAUGCCUUGUCCAAGCACAAAAAGCUCAUUCUGGAAACAAUCAAUGAAAUCCCUGACCUGGAAAGAGCCGCGGGCGAUUUGGACGGCGAUAAAGACAUCACUGAGUUCCUGCAGAGCUGCCGUGGUGCUGACGGAGGGACGGAGUCCGUGCAGCAGGUUUUGGACCGGGUACUGAGCAGAGAGUCGCAGCACGUCCGGCCGCUUUGUCGCCUCCUGUCCACGAGCCGGGUGAGCUUCCCCCAGCUUUCUGUCCUCACCGAGGAGCUCAGCCAUGUUGAAGCGGAACGAGACGAGGAGACUGCAGGCUCCGAGAAAGAGGGAGAGGAAGAGGAGAAGGAUGAAGGUCGCAUAUUCAGGAGGAGGAAGGGCGUCGUCGUGUCCUACAGUUGCCAGUGGUGCAACAAGGCCUUCGACUUUAAGUGUCGUCUGCUGAAGCACAAGAAGCAGUGUGCGUUCUGUCCGGAGAGAAUGCAGCGCUGCACCGAGUGCUCCGCCUUGUUCCCGUCAGUCACGGCCCUGCAGCAGCACCGAGCCGAGGCUCACAACGGCCCGCCGGUUAAGAGGAAGAAAGUAGAGCCGGUGACAUGUGAGCUCUGUGGAAAGACCUUUAAACACCCUUCUGGUUUGUUGUACCACAGGCGCACGGAGCAUUUGGAGGAGAGGCCCUACGCGUGUGAGGAAUGCGGCACCAAGUUCUCCGCUAACUCGUCCCUGAAGAACCACAUGCGGCUGCACACGGGGGAGAAACCGUACCGUUGCAAACACUGUGACAUGAGCUUCACCGUGGCCGCCGCGCUGUCCUACCACACCAAGAAGAAACACUCGGAGGGUAAGAUGUACUCAUGUCAGUACUGCUCGGCUACGUUUGCGCAGUCUAUCGAGCUGACGCGACACGUGCGUACACACACAGGAGACAAACCAUACGUGUGUAGGGAGUGUGGGAAAGGCUUCAAACAGGCCAAUGGGCUCUCAGUGCACUUGCAGACCUUCCACAACAUCUCAGACCCGCACGACUGUCAGAAGUGCCGUGUGAGCUUCAGUUGUCUGGAGAAGCUUCGAGAGCACAUUCAGGAGGUUCACCCUAAAGAUCUGCACCAGUGUCCCGAGUGCAGUAAGAUCCUGAACACCGCGGCUCAGCUGGAGAAACACAUGAGCGUCCACGACGGCAGCAAACCCUACAGCUGCCAGAGCUGCCACAAAUCCUACCAGACUCUCUCAGGGUUGUGGUACCACAAUCGCACCACGCACCCGGACGCGGUGACGGCGGAGGGCAGUCGCACGGUUUCUCACCUUCUGCACUGUAAGAUCUGCGACAAGGCUUUCUGCAACAGGAGCAGCUUGUUUAAACACAACAUAACCAAACACCCAGAAACCCGUGCUGGGACUGAAGAGGGUGAAAAGGAGGCACAGGCAGACACACUCGUGUGGAGAUGUGUGUACUGUCCUCGUGCUCUUAGCAGCGAGCAGGAGUUGCAGCAGCACGUGUCGAGCGAACACGUGAGCCAGCAGGGAUCCGUGUUCGCCUGCGCCGUCUGCUCACUGUCCUUCCUCUCCGAAGCCGAGUUCCAGCAGCACUUCCUCACCAGCCACGUGCAGCUCGUCCAGGAGGAGGAGGAGCUACAGGCUCAUGGCUCCACCUCCCAAAUGGUGAUCCAGUCAGAAGACGCCCCAUCUGAAGGGGCGGCACAGAUCGUCGGGCUCGACCAAUCACAACUGGCCGGCUCCCAACAGGUGUUUGUUGCCGUGGGCGACGGCGGGGAGGCAGUGGCUGACUCGGGGAUCGUUGCCGUGAACAUGGAGGACUUGCUGACGGGCCACGUCACGCUGAUCUAUGUCUCUAAACGUGACGGUGGACUGAAGAGACGUCAAAGCCGGUAAAGCAGACCGUCCUGAGGCUCAAAUGCAGAAUCAUUAACAGGUAUUUUACACAAAACUGGUAUUUCCUCCAACCCACCCACCCUUAGUCCAAAUAUAACUGAUCAGGCAAGACAUGUCCUGAUUUGACGGCGUACUGUUAAAGCAACAGUUCCUUACACAAAUGAAAUCUUAGCCCUGAGUUUGUGAUUUUAAUUUUGCACAGGAGCAGGUUGAUCCUGCGAACGAGUAAUGAAAGUUUCACCACCCAUCAGAUUAUUACCUCCUUCUUGCACUGCUUAAGUGUGCAGUUUGUGAUAAAACACCCGAGGGCAUGCUGUUACAGGAAAAUGAUCAACUUCGGGGUGGUGCGAUGAAGCGCUGUUACUGUUCAAGUUACUGUUACCAUCCAGAAGUGGAUUAUUUUUCCGCUAACAGCACGUCCCGAAGUGUUUUAUUCCUCUUACACCACAGCAAUUACUGACUAUUUUAGGUUUUAAUUUAUUAUCGAACACGUCCAAAUUUUUUUUUUUUAGUCCAUGUAUAGUUACAUUAGAAAUUAUAAAUACAAAGGCAACGUCCAAUACGGUACAUCGGUCCAUUCGUGUUUCUUGAUGUGAUUACCAAAGUACUGUUUGCAGAGAAGCAGCUUCAUAUCAUGAUGCUCCCACCUUCCGUGCUUCACUGUGGGUGUUCCUGGGGUCUGAACAGAGUAUAUUGGGGUCUGACCUGAGUUCCUGGGGUCUGACCUGAGUAUAUUGGGGUUGGACCAGAGUUCCUGGAGUGUGACCAGAGUAUAUUGUCCCCAAAAAAGGUUUUUGUCUUAUUUGUCUUUAGACACACAUCUCUGUGCUUCUGUUUAGCAGCGGAGAUUUGAAUGAGGUAUAGAAAUGAAGAUGAUUUUGUUCUCUGAUUAACUGUGGUUCCUGCUGCUUUCAUGAGCCCUGCAACUCUUUUCAAGCGACUGCUGACUUCUCUCUUAGCUUCUGUACCUGUAACCCAAGAGCACGUUGGGAAAUCACACGUGGCGCACCUGUCUUGUGACAGUUGGUUGUGGGCCUGUGAAUUUUCCAUCUGCUUCUUAUUCCCAACCAGUGGCAGCGUCUUAUAUAAUGACACCUAGUGCAAUUUGCAGAAUAAUUUCUUUGGCGUAUAUAUGUAUCAUCGUUGUUAUUUUUAUGUAACCUUUACACUUAUAUAUAUUUUGUCUGAGUACUUUUUUCCUCCUUUGGUUUAUGAAAUAGGGGUGUAAUGAUACAUUGGGACACGAUGAAUCAUGGUUCAAAAACUUUACGCUGUGCAUCGUAGACAUGUGCAGUAUGGACCUUCUGUUAAUUAUGCAUCUAAUGCAUUUGCACUGUUUGAUCACAAGAAGUCCUAUAUCUGUGCUACCCAUAGAGUUAUAAU